GCCAAAAGAUGGCGGCCAGCGGCAGUCAAUCAAAUUGUAUUUUUUUAUCAUAUGGCUGCUGACCAUUUUGAACUUGUCGUUGAAGACCCAAGUCCGUCAUGAGCAAGAAAUAUGAUAUUCAAUGGCGGACUACACGACGCAUGGCGAAAUGUCAUGGAAGAUGGUUGAUGAGGGAGUGUCAAGUCUAUAUUCCAACUCCAAAGACCACUACUUCAUUAGCAAAACUCAGUAAUCCUAAUGAAAGCAGUCACUUCUAUUCUCCACAAAGUUACAGGAUCCCAGUCUCCGAUUCGAUGGGACGAGCACGACUUGACCUUGAUCGGUUCCGGCUCCUCUGGGCGUGUCUUCUUGGGCAAGGAUCAGUCCAGAUCGCCUAUUGCUGUCAAAGAGGCUCACAUCAGGGAGCUUGAUGAAGUGAAGCUUCUACAAAAGUUGUCUCAUAAGAACAUUGUCAAAUAUUUGCGUGAGGAGACAAAGGAAGAAACCUCAUAUAUUCUGUUGGAAUAUGUUCCUGGUGGAUCUAUUAUUCUAUUUCAGCACAUUUGAUGAAGGGACCUUUCGAUGAGGAUAAAAUAAGAACGUACACUCAGCAGCUGUACACCAAAAAGAAAUCACGCAUGGUGACAUUAAGGGAGCAAAUAUCCUUAUUGAUGCUGAUGGAUGCAUUAAACUUGCAGAUUUUGGUCUAUCUAAACAGGGUGCACAACUCUGGAUGGCUCCUGAAUUCCUUCUCCAGAAGGAUCUGCAUAAUUGCAGGCAUGCUAUUUGAUGAUGAUGAUAUAUCAUUCUAGUUCUCUAUUAUCUUGCGAGUAUUAAGAGUUUCUUUAUAUAAGGAAGAGAAGGUACAAAAGACUUAUUUGAGAGAAGCAAAGGCCACAUAUACUUGAUAGAAAUAGAAGUGUAGAUUUUCUAAUACAGCCAUGGUCUAAACUUCAGGAUUGGAGAAAAUUUUAGUUGUCUAACAUAUCUGUGAGGGCUAGGUAAUGCAAGACCUACAGCUUUGUUACCCGCUUGCAGAUUAACCCUACUCUAAAGCUAAAGCUUUUUUUCGUCUGGAAGUCUCCAUGAUAUUAUUUACUGAUAAGCCUGAUAUAUGGAGUGUGGGGUGCACUGUUAUUGAGAUGGCCACUGGAGAUCCUUGGAGGGGAAAUUACCACGCGCAGGGGCCUCUUUUUUCAAACAUAUGGAGAAAUCAGAUUCUGUUCCUCCAAUCCCCGACAAUCUUUCUUCUUAUGGGAAACAGUUUUUGAGACGAUGUCUGCAAAGGGAACCAAAUUUGAGGGCAUCUGCAUCCCAGUUGCUUGAGGAUCCAAUCAUAACCAGGAAAAACUUCAGGCACCCAUCUGGAGCUGGUACAGUUGUUGGAGCUGUUGCUGCCCCCGUCAUCCACCAGCAACACGUAUUUACCCCAGCUGCUCCCAAGCAACGCAUUGUUACCCCUGCUGCUCCCAAGCAACGGCUUGUUAUCCCAGCUGCUCCCAAGCACCGGCUUGUUAUUCCCGCUGCUCCCAAGCAACGGCUUGUUAUCCCCGCUGCUCCCAAGCAACGCAUUGUUAUCCCUGCUGCUCCCAAGCAACGCAUUGUUACCCCGCUGCUCCCUCCCAAGCAACAAAUGGUUACCCCUGCUGCUCCCAAGCAGCGCAUUGUUACCCCAUCCACACAAGGCAUUGUUACCCCGCUGCUCCCUCCCAAGCAACACAUGGUUACCCCUGCUGCUCCCAAGCAGCGCAUUGUUACCCCAUCCACACAACGCGUUGUUCACUCAGUUGCUUCACGUCCUGCUGCUAGUCAAGCUACCCGACCUCCAGUCCACUCCAGUUCUCAUUCACAUUUGAGUUCCAAUUCCGGUGUGAAUAACAGUUCAUCUGUGAGCCUGAACUCCAGCUCCCAUUUGAGUUCCGGUACACAUUUGAGUUCUAGUUCACGCAUGAGUAACAACUCCCGUUUGAGUACCUGGUUGGGUCCCAAUGCGACAUCCAUAUCUGGUUCCAAAUCCAGAUCUAGUCCCUCGCAACAUGUAACGAAACACAAUAUGUUUUCCAAAGCAUCUUGAGUUUGUUUGGGUUGUUUCAAAGAUAACCGCAUCAGCUUCUGAUCCUAUCACCUCCCAAACGCAACAUGUUGUACCUUUAUUUGUAUUUGCUUGCCUUGCAUAGCUGUAGCACUGUUGCCUACAAAAUUUCUUGUAUACAUGAGGCUUUAUACCUUUUAAAAAAACACUGAAUAAGUAAUGAGUAAUGAGAUUCCAAUAUCAUAUUCUAUCACAGAAAGAAUGUAUUUUUACCUCAGUUUAUUUCUCUUUUUGCUUUUGUUUUUACGAAUUUUGUUUAAAA